ACCGCCCAUCAUUCGUUCGUUAGGAAGUCCUGCACACGACCAUUGCUCGGAUUCAUCUGGAUCCCAGUACUCCCAAAGUUGUCCAUACGAGCGCCGGAAAUGUCUUCCUUUACAAAUGCUGUCCCGGAGACUCCUCGAGUCAUAUCUCCCUCGCCCUCGCUAUCCGACAGAUCCGAGGCACGUGAUGGUUAUUUUGCGCCGACGACGAGGUCUGCAUCGCGUCGACAGCAGUUUUCUGAAGUCGCAGAGGAAGGUUCUGGCCCCGAGAGAUCGCAUAGCCCGCCUGGUUCGACACCCUCGACCUCGCGCAACCGUCGACCCAAACGGCGGUCCAACCCCAAAAUUCCAGCCUCGCCCCCAGCUGCGGACGGCACAUUUUCCAACGGUUUCUUGUCCCCAAAGCUUCCAGACUCUUUUCGCGACAUUUCUCGCUCACCCUCGCCGCUUGGUCUGAUCCCUUUACACACGCGGUAUCGCAGUUUCAUUCACCGCCAUGAAAUUCCUCGGAAGCUCCUGCACGUCUCGAUCGGAUUCCUGACGCUCAACCUCUACAACGGCGGUGUUCAGACAUCUCAAAUUACACCAGUGCUCUUUACUGUACUAGUCCCCAUCGCAGCCACGGAUUUCAUACGCCAUCGCUCGGAGAAAGUCAACAAGCUUUACAUCCGGUGUAUGGGUGCGCUUAUGCGAGAGACCGAGGUCUCUGGAUACAAUGGUGUGAUCUGGUAUCUCCUCGGCGCGUACGUCGUCUUGAGGUUCUUCCCCAAGGACGUCGGUGUUAUGGGUGUCCUGCUUUUGAGCUGGUGUGAUACCGCUGCAUCCACAUUUGGCCGUCUCUAUGGCCGCUACACACCACAUCUGCGCCCUGGGAAAAGCCUGGCUGGGACCAUGGCCGCUUGGGCUGUGGGUGCCGUCACGGCGGCAGCAUUCUGGGGCUGGUUUGUCCCCCAUGUGGGCACCUUCCCGAACGAUCCUCAGGAUGCGUUCAUGUUCACGGGUAGCCUGAACUUACUCCCGAACUGCGUACGGGGUCUUUUAGGGUGGGAAACCGGUGUCACUUCCACCACAGUUACCGGGCCCGUGGCUCUGGGUGUGAUGAGUGUUGUCUCUGGCAUUGUGGCUGCCGGCAGCGAGUUUAUCGACCUGUGGGGCUGGGAUGAUAAUCUGACGAUCCCUGUCCUCAGUGGACUUGGUCUCUGGGGUUUCCUCAAAGUUUUCGGCUAAAUAUCUCAUCUUUCCUUCUCACAGCUCCCAUAUCAUUCCCCCUACUGUCUACAGUUCUCUUUGGUUUCUUGGAUUUUAUGUUUAGAUGACUGGAUGGUCCAUUUACCCUCUCCAACAUGGCAUUGCAUCAGCCCUGAUUUCUGGCUUAGAUUUGGUACAUGACCGAACUAUCCUGCCGGUGUGGAUAUAUUUUCUCUCUUUCUUGAGAUCUUUCGGCGUUGAAUCUCUUCUCUUAAACUUAAUCUAUUCCCGGUACCUUAUGGAUCUGCAUGCUUCAAUUUAUUGCCUCAUCCCCCAAGAAGGCCCAUAAACGUGGGCGGCAGCCUCAGACGACACUGCGCAUCUCCAAAGUAUCUUCAUGUCUAUAUUACUGCAGAAUCCACAAAUAUCAUACAUUUCCUUGCUUAUACAAUUCGCCCAGAGGAAGUGGACCCCCGACUGUACCCCAGUAUGUACUUGGAUGAAUUGAUCAAACCGGACUCGCCAA